AUGGCGGCUGUUCAGCUCCCCCAGCACCUUGCCACAAGUUCCGCUACAGGUCCAGAGAGUGAACAGUUGACAUUGGAGGGCCACAUGGACUAUAUGGCUUGCACUGUCAUUACCGUAAAGGCUCUGCCACAGUUUCAGUUAGCUGACUCCGCAGAAUACUUGACUGGCCUUUGCGACCGCCUGGACAUUGCCAAAUUACAACAGCAAUCUCAUGUAGAAUAA